CUGUUUCUAUAAGCCUCGCCACCCGCCCGCGCUGCUGGUGCGCCCGCAGCAUGGCCCGGAACACCAACCUCCGCUGGCGGCUGCCGCUCACCUGCCUGCUGCUACAGGUGGCUAUGGUGGUCCUCUUCGGUGUGUUCGUGCGCUACGACGCCGACGCCGACGCCAGCUGGAGGCAGGAGAAGCAGCUCAGGAACAUCUCCAGUGACCUGGAGAACGAGUUCUACUACCGCUACCCGAGCUUCCAGGACGUGCACGUCAUGGUCUUCGUGGGCUUUGGCUUCCUCAUGACCUUCCUGCAGCGCUAUGGGUUCGGGGCCGUGGGCUUCAACUUCCUGCUGGCGGCCUUCGGCAUCCAGUGGGCGGUGCUCAUGCAGGGAUGGUUCCACCACCUGGAUUCACGGCGCCGCUAUAUCCUCGUGGGCAUCGAGAACCUCAUCAACGCUGACUUCUGCGUUGCCUCUGUCUGUGUGGCCUUUGGGGCAGUGCUGGGCAAAGUUAGCCCCAUCCAGCUUCUCAUCAUGACCUUGUUCCAAGUGACCCUGUUCACAGUGAAUGAGUACAUUCUCCUCAACCUACUAGAGGUGAAGGAUGCGGGGGGCUCCAUGACCAUCCACACAUUUGGCGCCUACUUUGGGCUCACGGUAACCUGGAUCCUUUACCGUCGCAAUCUGGAGCAGAGCAAGCAGAGGCAGCGUUCUGUGUACCAGUCGGACCUCUUCGCCAUGAUUGGGACCCUCUUCCUGUGGCUAUACUGGCCCAGCUUCAACUCAGCUGUGUCCUCCCAUGGGGAUGCCCAGCACCGAGCUGCCAUUAACACCUACUGCUCUUUGGCGGCCAGCGUGCUGACCUCGGUGGCUCUGUCUAGUGCCCUGCACAAGAAGGGCAAGCUGGACAUGGUGCACAUCCAGAAUGCCACGCUGGCUGGAGGGGUGGGCGUGGGCACCGCAGCUGAAAUGAUGCUCACGCCCUACGGUGCCCUCAUCGUGGGCUUCUUCUGCGGCUUAAUCUCCACUCUGGGCUUCAUGUUCCUGACGCCAUUCCUGGAGUCCCGGCUGCGUAUCCAGGACACGUGUGGCAUUCACAACCUGCACGGCAUUCCUGGCAUCCUGGGGGGCAUCGUGGGUGCUGUGACAGCCACUUUUGCCAGCCCUGAUAUAUAUGGACAGCAAGGGUAUCCAAAGGAAGUCCAGACCUCAAGAAUUCAGGGCAAGUUCCAGGUGUUCGGCCUCCUCCUAAGCCUGGCCAUGGCCCUGGUGGGCGGCCUCAUGGUGGGAGUCAUUUUGAGACUGCCUUUCUGGGGACAAGCAGCUGAUGAGAACUGCUUUGAGGAUGAAGUUUACUGGGAGGUGCCUGAAGAGAGCAGUGCUGGUCACGCCCCGGAGGACCCCACCCUCAAGCCCCCGGCUGUGAUGGUGUCCUCAGGCUCACCUGCCUUCUCACCGGUCUUGGUAUCCUAAGCUCUCAGGCAAGCUCCACACACUGUCUGAGCUCUAGGAGGAUCUAGGAACUCAGGAGUGAACCAGCAGCUCCAGCCUGCUGGCCCAGCCCCGGGUGCCUCUGCCCACCCUGUUCCCCCUUCGCCCCAAGGGGCAGCCUGAGAAUCUGAAGAUGGGAGGAGUGGGGGUCUGGCCACAGAAGUCCUGCAUGCAUCUAGGGUCUUGGAAGCCACAUCUGUGCCUUGCAGGCUAGGGAACCUGGGCCUGACACUUCCAGGAGGCACCUCAGCCCUUAGCCACUGCUUGCUGGGCGUCGCUGCCCCCUGACUUCCCCAUCUAGCUCCUCCCAAGCCCCAGUUCCCCCAUCUUCUCUGUGCUACCAAGCAGGUGGCCUCCAUAAAUAAACAUUUGUGUUCUUUGUAGAAUGCUUGUA